CGGGCGCGACUCCAUCCUGAUCCUGUCCUGUUGCUCCGCUGCCUACGUCACCACAUUUUACCGAAUGGGAUGGAACAGCGUGGAAAAGCGUGAAGGUGGUCUCGAAAAAACACUAGAAGAAACUUGUAAGUUGACUGAGAAGUUCACAUAAUGUGUGUUUCUGUGUCUUAAUCUUGCUCAGCUGCAAAAAUAGUUGUAAAGGAGGAUUGAUUGAGCUGUGGAAGAUGAGGGAAGUGGUUCUUGUGCUCGCAUCGUGUGUAUUUCUCCUCCUGAGCUGCAGCCAGGCAGCAAGGCAAGGACAGGACAUCAGAUGUGGAGCCUGCAGGGCUCUGGUGGAUGAGAUGGAAUGGGCUAUCUCCAAGAUAGAUCCAAAGAAAAUGAUUCAGACUGGAUCCUUUAGGAUCAACCCUGACGGCAGCCAGUCCAUCAGAGAGGUUCCUCUGGCCCGAUCAGAAGGAAACCUGCUCGAGCUGAUGGAGAAUGUAUGCGAGAGGAUGGAGGACUACGGGGAGCGUGCAGAUUCUUCCACAAACCGUAAGUCCUAUCUUAGGAUCAAGUCAAGAAGUGGUGAGGCCAUGGAUCUGUCAGAGGCUACCCUGGAUUCAAGAGUUACAUCCAGUUUAAAGUUUGCAUGUGAAACAAUUGUUGAGCAGAACGAGGAUGAGAUCAUUGAAUUCUUCGCUCAUGAGACGGAAAAUGUCAAAGACAAACUCUGCAGCAAGAGGACAGAUCUCUGUGACCACGCUUUGAAAAUACCCCAUGAUGAACUUUGAUACCAUCUCACCAUCGCUGCCGUCUCUCCUCAGCUGACAUGGAGAUGUUAGGUGCUGUAAUGUUUCCAGUUAUCACUUCUCACUGGUUCACAUCUUGGCAGUGGUGAAAAAUGUACACAAAUUUAUAUGCAAAGUAAUAGAAAAUGAUCCUGGAGAUAAGUGUUGUUCCUGUUAUCUAUGAGAGUUUAAGGACCAGUUUGCCAUCCAUUACCUUUAUCUCUUUUGUCACAUGUUUACAUACCGUAAAUUAUUUUACUUCUCAGUGUUCUGUUUCUUCUUAAGGCUCUUGCCUAACAUGUUCUUCACCGGAUAAAACUGUUACUGUGAAACUGUGAAAUCAGUCUUCCCAGUACAUACAGGAUUCCUCAAAUGAUUCUGAUUCUGAAUGAUGCAUUUUGUAUAUAUGGUAACUUAAUUAAUUUAAGACAAAAGCGCACAGAUCUGGGUGAAGUUUGGUCAUAUGGUCCUUAGAUGCUCAUCCCAAAAUUCAUAACACAGGAACAACUCAUGUCACUUCUUUACAGUAUCCCUUAGAUGUAAAGCAACAAUUAAAAGGUAACUUUGAGAUUAGUAAUGAAGAUGAUUUUAUAUUUGAGUGAAUGAGUCACACCAGUAUUGGAGUUAAAAAUGUGUCUGAACAAAUGUUUCCCAUGUAAUAUCACACUCUUAAAAGUUUGAGCCUCAGCAUCGAUGAGGAGUUGUAUAAAUACUUCAGGUUUGUUUUUCACAAACUGUGAUCUGAAAUUUUCCACUUGCUAGAGUUAUCUUAAGUUUUAAGAGGCAAAAAUGAAAAUGGAGGAAAUUCUUCACUGUAUCAUGUGAAACUUUGAUUACAGACUUAAUUUGAUCACAUCAAGUGACCCAUACUUGUGUUGUUGCCAAAUUAAAAUACACAAAAGAGUAAUGAUAGGAAAUGGGCUGAAAAGUUUGGGUCAGUGUUGACACAGAAUGAUGUACUCCAGUUGGGGUCAUUUUUUCACUUAAAUCACUUAAAAGAUCACGGUUCAUCUUUCAUUAAACACUGAUCGUCUUUUAGUUACCUGUAGUUCUACACAACCUAGCUGCAAUCCCAUAGAAUUGUGAUAUUUAGAGAUUAUUCUGUCUUAAUCUUGAACCCCAGAGUCCCACAUUUCUCUGUCUUCUUCAGACUAUUUAAACUGAGUUCUAACUUUACCCCACUAGAGGGUGCUGUAGUCCACAAAAAAAGUUUGAAAGUCAUGUUGUACUGUCAACUUACAAUCUGGAAGUACUUUUGGUAUCAUUUAUUUGUGAAUGCCGAAAAGAGUAAUGUUUCUGUCUCAUGUGAACAUUCUCCUGUUAUUCCACUUUUUAUAAAUAAACUUUGUAAAGUU